AUGGCUUUUCUUUGGAAUUGUGAGUUCCUUGCUACCUCUCCCAAACUCACUAUUGAAUCAGUGCCACCCAUUGUUGCUGAAGGGAGAAGCGUUCUUCUACUGGUUCACAACCCCCCUGAGAAUAUUGCAGGCUUUGUAUGGUUCAAAGGAACGACUACGAUCGAUAACUUUGUGGUUUCCCAAUAUACGCUGUACAAGAAAUUGACUGUGUGGGGGCCUGCAUAUGGGGGCAGAGAGACGUUGUACAGUGAUGGAUCCCUGCUGCUUCAUAGUGUCACUGUGAAAGACAGUGGAUUGUACAUUCUACGUAUUCUGUGGACAGACAUGAGAAGUCAAGAUGCCCAGGUGCAACUCCAGGUGGACACUUCCCUUUCUCCAUUCUGUAACCUUCUAAAUUCUUCUCAAUUCACGAUCCAACCUGUGCCUCGGUAUGCUGCUGAAGGAGAAGACGUCCUGUUCCAAGUUCACAGUCUUCCAGAAGACCUGCAAUCCUUUUCUUGGUACAAAUUAGAGGACAAGAACCUGUUCCAUAAAAUUGUAGAAUACAGCAGAGCCAUGGAUUCUAUCUCCUGGGAGCCUACACACCGAGGAAGAGGAAUGGUGUACAAAAAUGGAUCCCUGAUGCUCCAGGGUAUCACAGAGAAAGAUGCAGGAAUGUACACACUAUCAAUUUUAAACAAAUAUUUCAAAGUUGAAAGAGCAUACGUGGAAGUUUAUGUGAAAAAGAAUGUGACACAGCCCUUUGUGCGAAUCUCUGAUACUAUGGUCGCAGGACAUAGAUCUGUGACGUUCACCUGCAUUUCACCUGACACUGAUAUCUCCAUCCGUUGGAUCUUCAAUAAGCAGAAUCUGGAGAUCACAGAGAGGAUGACUCUGUCCCCGACAAAGUGUGGACUCAGAAUAAAUCCUGUCAGGAUCGAGGAUACUGGAGAUUAUCAGUCCUCCCUUUUAUCCUUAUGGCACCUGCCCACCACCGAACAGUUUCCCAGCGAUUCAGUGCCAGCUCUAGUGGCUGAAGGAGACAAUGUUCUUCUCCCUGUACGUAGUCUGCCGGCGAAAAUUAAAUCUAUAACCUGGUACAAAGAGAUAAGAAAUGAGACAAAAGAAAUUGCAGUAUAUACACUGCGCAAUAAUUUAAAUAAGCCAGGGCCGGCACACAGAGGUAGAGAGACAAUAUAUCGCAAUGGAUCUCUGCUGAUUGAAAAGGUGAACACGAAGGACACAGGAUUUUAUACUCUACGCACCCGUAAUAGACACGGGAAAAUUGUAUCAACGUCAGUCAAGUACCUCGACGUAAUACAGCUUACUACUAGCUAUAUAUGGUUCAAAGGAAAAAUUGACCUCAAGAACCUUGUGGGUAUCCAAAAUGUACGAGACAGGAAACCAACACUGUGGGGGCCUGCAUACAGAGGCAGGCAGAUAAUGAACAAUGAUGGAUCCCUGCUGAUUCAGCGUGUCACUCGGAAAGACAGUGGCUUUUACACCCCUCGAUUUCUGAGGGCAGAUGCAAAAACCGAUGACGUGCAAGUGCAACUCCACGUGGACUCCUACCUGCUAUCCUUCUGGCACCUGCCCACUGUUGCCCAAGUGGCCACUGAAUUAACACCACCCCUAGUGGCCGAAGGAGAUAACGUCCUUGUCCUUGUCCACAAUCUGCCAGAGAAUCUUCUAGCCUUAGCCUGGUUCAAAGGACUAACAGACAAGAAAAAAGGAAUUGCAAUAUAUGGAUUUCACAAGAAUUUAAGUGCAACAGGGCCUGGGCACAGUGACAGAGAGACAAUAUAUCGCAAUGGAUCUCUGCUGUUCGAAAAGCUCACCAAGAAGGACACAGGAUUCUAUACCUUGAGAACCUAUAAUAGACUCGGAAAAAUCGUAUCAACAACAUCCAUAUACCUCCACGUGCAUGCUUUCCUUUGGAACUGUGGGCGGUUCACCACCUCUGCCCAACCCACUAUUGAAUUAGAGCCACCCAGUGUUGCUGAAGGGGGAAGCGUUCUUCUGCGAAUUCACAAUCUCCCUGAGAAUCUUCAAAGCUUUGUCUGGUUCAGAGGAAUAUCUGUGUUCUGGGAACAUGAGAUUGCCCGAUACAUAAUAGACAGCAAGUCAAGAAUUACGGGGCCUGCACACAGUGGCAGAGAGAUGUUGAACAGUGAUGGAUCCCUGGUGCUUCACAAUGUCACACGGAAUGACACCGGACUGUAUACCCUACGAAUUCAGGGUACAGAUAAGAAAAGUGAAGAAACCCAUGUGCAACUCCGGGUGGACAGCCCCCUUUCUCCAUGCUGUAACCCUCUUGCCUCAUCACAAGUCAUGAUCCAACCAGUGCCUUUGUAUGUUGCUCAAGGGGGAACUGUUCUUCUCCAAGUCCACAAUCUUCCGGAAGAUUUCCAAGCUUUUACUUGGUACAGGGCUGUGUAUCGUGUUCCAUAUUAUGAAAUCGUCGAAUACAGCAGAAUCCUGAAUACCCUCACCUGGGGUGAUCAAUAUAGCGCAAGAGAGACUGUGUUUUUCAACGGAUCCCUGCUGCUCAGGGACAUCACUGAGCAAGAUGCAGGAAUGUACACACUAGAGAUUUUGAAAAAGCAUGUGGCUCAGCCCUUCGUGCGAAUCACAAACAGCGUAGUCUCAUCACACAGAUGUGUGAUCUUCACCUGUGUUUCACCUGACACAGAUGUCUCCAUCCGUUGGUUCUUCAAUAACAAGAAUCUGCAACUCUCAAGGAGGAUGACUUUGUCCCCCACAAAGUGUGGACUCAGAAUAUGUCCCGUACGGAUGGAGAAUUUUGGAGAAUAUAAAUGUGAGGUCUUCAACAGAGUCAGUGUGAAGACCAGUCUCCCAGUCACGUUUCACUGA